GAGCAGUAGCGACAAGCAGUAAUAAUACCUAAUAAAACCACCGAUCGGACUUCAAGCAGCAACUGGCAGUAGUGACUUCAAACUUCAAGCAGCAGCAACAUAAACAUCGAUAUCAAUUAGUUAAAAAACCUUGGAGCAUUUUCUAGCUAGGGAGUAGGGACCAUACCAACCAAAUGGGGGCUGCGGCAGCGGCUGCUGCUGCUGAUGAUGAAAAUGAAAGCCCCAUAAAAGGAGAGAAGAAGAAAACAGUUCCAGCAUAUGUAAAAGCAUUAUCAGGUUCAGUGGGUGGAAUCGUUGAAGCAUCUUGUCUCCAACCGAUCGAUGUGAUCAAAACUCGUUUACAAUUAGAUCGAGUGGGUGCUUACAAGGGCAUUAUCCACUGCGGCAACACCACCCUCAAGACGGAAGGCCUCCGUGCUCUUUGGAAGGGCCUCACCCCAUUCGCUACUCAUUUGACCCUCAAAUACGCACUUCGUAUGGGUUCCAAUGCUGUUUUCCAAUCCGCCUUUAAGGAUUCUAAUACCGGAAAGAUUAGCGACGCAGGCCGCUUUGUUUCCGGCUUCGGUGCCGGUGUUAUUGAAGCUCUUGUUAUCGUUACCCCCUUUGAGGUAGUAAAAAUAAGACUACAACAACAAAAAGGACUGAGCCAUGAGCUUCUGAAGUAUAAGGGUCCCAUCCAUUGUGCUCAGCUAAUUAUCCGUGAAGAAGGCCUACUUGGUCUUUGGGCCGGAGCAGCCCCAACUGUGAUGCGCAAUGGUACAAACCAGGCGGUUAUGUUCACUGCCAAAAACACUUUUGACACAUUAUUAUGGAGAAAAAACGAAGGUGAUGGAAAAGUUCUCCUACCGUGGCAGUCUAUGAUAUCUGGAUUCCUGGCUGGAACCGCUGGUCCUGUUUGCACAGGUCCGUUUGAUGUAGUUAAAACACGGCUAAUGGCUCAAAGUCGGUCUGGAAUUGAAUUGAAGUAUAAAGGAAUGGUUCAUGCGAUCUCGACUAUAUAUAGCGAAGAAGGCCUACGUGCACUAUGGAAGGGUCUGCUUCCACGGUUAAUGCGGAUACCGCCCGGGCAGGCAAUUAUGUGGGGUGUCGCUGACCAGGUGAUGGGCUUUUAUGAGAAGAACUACAUUCAUGGUUUACCAUUAAAGGCAUAACUUUAUUUUCUGAUCAUUGGAACUGUAGAAGUUUCAUCUUAGUAUGAAAUUUUGUUGUAGCUUCAAUCUAUUAGCUCGAUUUUUGCAUUUCUUGUUGCUUCUUCAAACACAGGAUUAUAUCAUUUGGUCUUGAAAUAAAUAAAGAUUUUGGCUUUACAGUUCCAUAA